UGAAAAAAAUAUCAUCUAACAUUCUAGUCUUAUGUAUGUUUUAAGUACACUAGUUUAUUUCGUAACUCAGUUUUGAACGUGCGACAGAAUAAUAAUAAAAAAAUAAAAAAAGGUUGAAAGGAGGGUGGGAUUAGAGUGUGGAGGCGCUAGCGUGGUGCUGUGCUUGCUCGCGGGCCCAGGCGCGGCCCGCCAGACCUUGCGCGCGCCUGACUGAGCCGUGCCGAGCCCGGUGUGGUCAUGAGACGUCCGGCUAUAAUAAGACAUCCUAUCCUGAUCUGCGCAUGUGCAGAAACCAAUGUUUACAAACAAAGAGUAUUGAUAUCGUCGUUUGUCCCAGGCAAGAUGGCGGCAAGACACCAUGGCAGCUUUUUUGACAUACAAGGGGUGUAGGUUGUCUCAUUUAUCACAUUUACUGACAUACAAGGGGUGUAGGUUGUCUCAUUUAUCACAUUUACUGACAUACAAGGGGUGUAGGUUGUCUCAUUUAUCACAUUUACUGACAUACAAGGGGUGUAGGUUGUCUCAUUUAUCACAUUUACUGACAUACAAAGGGUGUAGGUUGUCUCAUUUAUCACAUUUACUGACAUACAAAGGGUGUAGGUUACCUCAUUUAUCACAUUUACUGACAUACAAGGGGUGUAGGCUGCCUCAUUUAUCACAUUUACUGACAUACAAGGGGUGUAGGUUGUCUCAUUUAUCACAUUUACUGACAUACAAGGGGUGUAGGUUGUCUCAUUUAUCACAUUUACUGACAUACAAGGGGUGUAGGUUGUCUCAUUUAUCACAUUUACUGACAUACAAGGGGUGUAGGUUGUCUCAUUUAUCACAUUUACUGACAUACAAGGGGUGUAGGUUAUCUCAUUUAUCACGUUUACUGACAUACAAGGGGUGUAGGUUGUCUCAUUUAUCACAUUUACUGACAUACAAGGGGUGUAGGUUGUCUCAUUUAUCACAUUUACUGACAUACAAGGGGUGUAGGUUGUCUCAUUUAUCACAUUUACUGACAUACAAGGGGUGUAGGUUGUCUCAUUUAUCACAUUUACUGACAUACAAGGGGUGUAGGUUGUCUCAUUUAUCACAUUUACUGACAUACAAGGGGUGUAGGUUACCUCAUUUAUCACAUUUACUGAUAUACAAGGGGUGUAGGUUACCUCAUUUAUUACGUUUACUGACAUACAAGGGGUGUAGGUUGUCUCAUUUAUCACAUUUACUGACAUACAAGGGGCGUAGGUUGUCUCAUUUAUUACAUUUACUGACAUACAAGGGGUGUAGGUUACAUCACAUUUACUGACAUACAAAGGGUGUAGGUCAUCUAAUUUAUCACUUUAAAAAAGAUAAAGAAUAAACUUAGGUGGGACGUUUCAUGAUAGGCAGUCAACAAAAGACACGGUACCGUGUCAUAGCUCAUCCACCCUCUGUUUGUAAACAAAGCCCACACAUGCGCAGAUCAGGAUGGGAUGUCUUAUUAUAGCGGCUGUCUCAUGACACCACACCGGAACCCUGAGUCCUCGGACGCGAUGCGCUGUGGGUUGACACCGGAUCGGUUAACCUAAUUCUUGAGGAACCUUGAACCUACCACGGCCUGCCCGCCAAGACGCCGUGACCCUUGCCGUGCAGGACGUGCUUGGAUCCAGGCUGCCAGGUGUUGUCAGGUCAGGUAUUUAUGAAAUAGAUCUACCGCAACAAUAAAUGUGCAGUAUUCAAAAACACCACCAUCAUAAUGAAUGAGACGGGGUCUUGGAGUUAACAACU